CCUCCUCCUUUCCCCACACGCCCUCCUUCUUUCUUAUAGUUUUUUUUUUUUUUUGUUAUCUAUCUCUAUUUACUCGUUUCGAAUCCUGAUCGUCAUAGCAAUUUCCGACGACUUAUCAAAGGAGUUAUCUUCCCGCAUAGGCCUGAGAGAGAGGUGACUCUGCUCUUACUAAAGCAAGAAGAAGAUGGGAUCAAAAACUCCUUCCACAUCGACUCAUGAAGCCAAUGCUUCUGUAGAUGAAAGGUCUAGAAAAGGUAAAGUACCGAAAAGGAUUAACAAGGCUGUUAGGGAGAGGCUUAAGCGCGAGCAUUUGAAUGAGCUUUUCAUCGAAUUAGCUGAUUCGCUGGAGCUGAAUCAGCAGAACAGUGGAAAAGCUUCGGUACUGUGUGAAGCUACUCGGUUCUUGAAGGACGUGUUUGGUGAGAUUGAGUCCCUUAGAAAGGAGCACGCUUCUCUCCUCUCUGAAUCUAACUACGUAACCACAGAGAAGAAUGAGCUCAAGGAAGAAACAUCAGUGCUCGAGACCGAGAUCUCUAGACUACAAUCCGAGAUAGAAGCAAGAGUGAAUCAGUCCAAACCAGACUUGAACACCUCUCCUGCGCCUGAGUACCAUCAUCAUCAUCAUCAUCACUAUCAACAACAUGCCGAGCUUGCAUCCCAGUUUUCAGGACUUCCCAUUUUCCAAGGCGCGGCGGGCUUUCAACAAUCUUCUGCUGCGACUCCUCCUGGUGCCACAGUUGUUGUUCUUCCGAUGCAACCUGAUCUCCAGACACAAGCGCCUCUGAUGUAUAAUAGCUCAAAUGUGAGUAAGCCGUGUCCAAGAUAUGCUAGCGCGGCUGACUCGUGGCCUUCUCGGCUACUUGGAGAGCGUCUGAAAGCUAAUGAAUGAGAGUCUUGGGCGUCUCCACAAGGUGUGUUAACAACCGAAGACGGAGGCAGGGCAAUUUGUGAGAAGGACUCUUGGCUUUUGUAUUUAGCUUCGUCUAGUGUCCUUGUGGGUUUUGGCCUUGGCCAUUUCUUGUUUUUGUGGUUUGUCCAUAGGAUCAGAAAAGUUUAUGGCUCGUUUGAGAAAAGUUAAGGAAAUAAUUAGCUCUAA